AUCGUACAAAGCAACGCGAGUAGUGUCAGUCAAAGAAUAUUACGUUUUCAUCUAAAAUUAAUAAGAUUAGAGUGUAAAAAAAUGUUACUUUUGUGUUUUAUAAACCGAUAAUUAUAGAAGUGGAUAUUGUGUUGUGAUGUGUGUAAUAAGUGAUUUUACCUUGUUUUAUAAUAUACCAUUGGAGUGAUAGAUAAGAAAAUGGCUAAAAAGUCUGAGAACACUGGGGGCAAGCUGGUCACAAUAUCAGUUGUUGGAUUGUCUGGUACAGAGAAAGAGAAAGGCCAACUAGGUGUGGGGAAGUCCUGCCUCUGCAAUAGAUUUGUACGCACAGACGCCGAUGACUACAAUGUUGAUCACAUAUCUGUUCUGAGUCAAUCGGACUUCAGCGGGCGCGUAGUCAACAACGACCACUUUUUAUACUGGGGUAGUGUUCAGAAAGAGCAAGAUGAACAGGAAUACAGAUUUGAGGUGGUCGAACAGACGGAGUUUGUGGAUGAUGCGUGCUUCCAGCCGUUUAAAGCUGUUGGUAAGACGGAGACAUACUCGAAAAGGUGCGUGGCAACGAAGCUACAAUCCGCUGAGAAGUUGAUGUACGUGUGUAAGAACCAAUUGGGGAUAGAGAAGGAAUACGAGCAGAAACUGAUGCCGGAUGGAAAGCUGUCCGUUGAUGGUUUCCUUUGCGUGUAUGACGUCAGCCUUGUGCCGGGACGUAGUUGGGAGAAACAGAACGAAAAUCUUGCUGCAAUACUCCAAAAUAUACUCAAAUUGAAGAAGCCGGUUGUACUUGUCACGUCCAAAAACGACGAAGCCUGUGAACAGGGAGUUAGGGAGGCGGAGAGAUUGGUGCAAAGGAAGGAGUUCAAAGGUUCCAUACCUAUUGUGGAGUCGUCUAGCCACGACAAUGUUAACGUGGACCAGGCGUUCUUCCUUCUGGCUCAGAUGGUGGACAAAUCAAAGGCUAGGAUAAAGGUAGCGAACUAUGCGGAGGCGUUGCGUAUCAGACGGGAGACCUUAGAUUUCGUAACCGAAGCAUUCACGCAGCUGAUCAGAAUACACGUCCAAGACCAUAAAGAAAUCUGGUCAACAGUCAGUAAGAGGUUGUGUCACUACCCUGAGUGGAUCAAGUUUGUCCAGCAGUUUGGCAAUGAUGGUACUCAGGUCGUCUUCCGUCGUCAUAUAAGAAGAUUGAAAGAAGAACGCUCAGCUAAGAAACUCCGCAAGCAGCUAGCCAAAUUACCGCAAGUUCUCGCUCGAAUGCAACUGCCUACUGAUGAUUUGCAAGAGAACGACUGGUCGGUGGUGGUGCGGCAGCUGCGCGCGCAUCGUGACUUCUCCGUGUACUUCAGCGAGGCGCGCGCCGCGUCGCGCUCGCCGUCCGGCUCCGAGCCCGACAGCCCGCGCGCCGCCGACGCCACGCUGCGCGUGGGCGAGCGCGCGCGCUACCAGACCUUGGGCCAAUCGCAGAAGAUCCCAUACGAAAUAUUAGAAACCAACGAGGCUGCUGCAAUAUUCAAAACCUACCUUCACGAGGCUCAAGAAAAGCAGAGAAAUUAUGAGUGGUGUCAACAAUUCAAACGUCUUCUAGAAGAGACCGGUUACGUCACCCCUGGGAAGCAGCUGUCUGAAGUGAGGGUUCUCUUGAUGGGACGAGAAUGUUACGAAGCCCUGACCGAGGAGCAACAGCAGAGGGUCUAUGAUGAACAUCAGAGGGAGAUUCAGAGACGGGCGAAGCAUAAUUUGCAGGAACUGCUUUUGGAACACGCGGAUUUAUUCUACCAUUUCAAAAGAAUAUCACCCACUGGCACCAUCACGCAGGAAGAUAUUAAAGAAAUCACUGAUGUUCUCCAAGACGAUUUCAGAUACAAGAUGUUGGACCGCAUGGAGCAGGACCGCAAGCUGAUGCUGUUCCAGCACCUCGGGUUCGUGCACUGCCCCAUGCGCGAGCACUGCCCCGCCGCCUCCGCCUGUCUCGACGCCGGCUUGCCGCUCAUCCUCAACACCAGGGUUGGGUCUCUGACGUCAUCGGGCGAAGCUCAAGUGCAGGCGGGUCCGCCGGCGGCGCCCUGGGCGCUCACUGCGGACGCGAACAAUAUCAACAUCAUUAUAUUAGGGGUGGAGGGCGUAGCGGGCGAGUUCGGCAAGCGGCUGAUAGCGGGCUGCGACGGCGAGCGGCGCGUGUGCGUGGGCGGCUGCGCGUGGCGCGUGGAGCAGCGCCUGCGCACCGACGACUUCGCCGCCGACGCGCCGCGGGACUUCGCCCCCAACGGAUACUUUUGUGUAUACCAAGAUCAAGAAUCGUUCGAAUAUAUCCGAGGCUGCGCUGAGAAAACGUUAUUAUCUAGUCUAGAACAAGAAGACAAACUUCCAUUUCAGGGCUUACCAUUAGUAGUGAUGUUCGUUCAAGAUGAAGGUAUGGAUAAGAAAGAACUAGCUAGGCUGCAGGAAGAGGGACAAAACCUCGCAGAUAACUUACAUUGUUCCUACAUGGAGGCUUCGGUUAACGAACUAGGAACUGAAGCGCUGACAGCCGACGCAGUGCAAGAAUUGAUACGUGCUAAUAGGGAAAAAGCGAGCUAUGCACAUUUGUACCGCGAUUUGAUUGUUUGCUUUGAUGCAGAUAUACGUAUCAUGGUGUGCAUGUUCUGCGACGACCCGUACUCCCCGGAGCGAGUGCUGAGUCCGCUGUUGCUGCACCGCGCCUGCUUCCUCACGGGCGACCGCUCCAUACUCAUCGAGACCUUCCUCGGUGACUCAAAGCGGAAGGUCGAGGUUAUUAUUUCAAGUUUCCAUGGUGCUAGUCAAUUUAGAGAAGAACUCAUACAUGGAUUCAUUCUAAUAUACUCCGCCAAAAGGAAAGCCAGCUUAGCCACACUCAAUGCGUUUUCAAUGAAUAUUCCAAAUCUACCGAUACAAAUGGUGGCCGUGACUGACGGCGGUGGAUCGGCAGCCAACGCGUUCUUCGGUACCGACCUGGGACACGCCCUCAUCACCGAGGGGAAUGCUACUGCUGACAGGCUGGGAGCACAUUUUACAACCUACACCUCGAGUGCCGAAAAUAAAUCUGCCUUCUACACACCAUUCUUCAAGGAAGUGUGGGAGCGAAAGGGCGAAAUUGAGCGCGCCUUCCGUCUGGAGGCGCCGCACUCUCGCGCGCACAACGCGCACAACGCGCACAACCCGCACAACCCGCACAACCUGCCCGACGUGGCGGCCGGCCGGCCCGCCCCGCCGCCGCGCCUGCACUCGUACCACCUCGACCACAAAAUGGACCACAAGCUCACUAAUUCUUUGGAUCUUCUCAUUGGACCGGAUUCCCGUGCUGACAUGGACUCCGAGUACAGUGAUACAUUAAACAAUUCUAAAAAUAGAGGUUUCUUGAAAGGUUUCAGUGUGUAUCCGCCCCCGAGCACGCCACCGGAACCCGCACCGCCUGAUCACAGAAUGCACGCGGAUUUGUCACCGGAUCUCAACUGUUCGGAGGAUUCUCUCAGCACGCACGAGUCAGAUGGCGGCGGGCUGUGGCAGCCGGCGGGCUACGGCCAGCGCGCCUUCACCACGGGCCGCGCGCGCGCGCCGCCGCACCACCAGCGCCUGCGACACUCGCAGACGCUUAAGCAACCUGGCAAAUUGGAUAUGAACAACUAUACAAUGGUCAACGAUGCCCUCCAGCAUAUCACAAUCGGUCCCCCACACCCUAGGGAAAGAAAGUCUCAGCGAUCUGGGUGGUCGCAUUCAAGUAGUCAGCAAGGUGGUCACCACCACCACCCGUCCGGUGUUAGUUCGGAGACUGAGUUGGACGCACAAUACGCACAGAUAAAAGAAACAAAUGAGUAUAUGGAAGCGCCAUCUAUGACAAGGUUAAGGAGACAUCGGAGACAUGAGAAGACUCCAUUACAUCAACCAUCAUUUUCGGAGACAGACAGUUCUGGGUCAAGUGAGGCGUCAGGAGGCGCGCGCGCUCAUGUGCGUCGCCGGCACGCGCACCACGCGCACCACGCGCCCAGACACUACAAGAAACGAUCGUUGGGUAACUUGGUCGCCGUGCAGAGUCCUAGAGUGCCUAAGUUAGGUAUGUUUGUCGGUCCACCGGAACUGCCUACCGGAUACAGAGCGAGAACACAAGAAGACAAAGCCGGCAGCGACUCCAGCGAGGGCAGCUCGGACGGGGAGUCCCGCCGCGCACGCGCACCCGCGCCGCACGAGCCCGCGCACAAGGUCAUUUUAUCCGGAGAAUAUCCAUCCUCCGCUCAAGACAAUUCGUCGUCGAGCGCAGCCGACUCCAGGCGGCGGCAGGCGUUCGGUAAACAUGACAGGAGACAUAAGGAGAUUUCCAAGAGUAAAGACAAGAAGAAUUCGUCGCAAAUGCAGAACGCGAAUGCGAUUCAGAAUUGGGGACCUCAGGGCCCCCAUGGAGUGCCGCUCUUUGUUGAGAAGUGCGUGGAGUUCAUCGAGCGAGAGGGCCUCGCUUCUGAGGGACUGUACCGAGUUCCCGGCAACAGGGCGCACGUUGAUAUGCUAUUUAGCAAGUUUUACGAAGAUCCAAACAUAGACCUAGACUCGCUGGAUAUACCAGUGAAUGCGGUAGCGACUGCGCUCAAGGACUUCUUUUCGAAGAAACUCCCCCCAUUAUUGGAUGAGGCUAGUAUGGCGCAGCUAGAAGAUAUAGCGGCGAUGCGCGGCUGCAUCGCGGGCGGCGUGGAGCUGAAGGACCGCAGCUGGCGCCUGCUGGCGCUGCGCGCGCUGCUCGCCGCCGCGCUCACGGCGCCCGCGCGCGCCACGCUCGACUACCUGCUGCACCACUUCGCCAGGGUGGCAGAUAACUCCAAAUUGAACUCGAUGGACAGCAAGAAUCUCGCGAUCUGCUGGUGGCCCACGCUGCUGCCGGUCCAGUUCUCGGACAUGGGUCGCUUCGAGAUGACGCGGCCCUACCUCGAGGACAUCGUGCAGACCAUGAUCGACCAGCACCCCUUUCUUUUCCGCGGGCAGGAAGCCUUUGUCAUGGUGUGAGGAUCGUGUGAACCCACAAUGCAUGUUGCAUUCGUGAUGGACGACGUCUGACCUCAGCUUUAACGCCGUCACAUAAACGGUAACGUUUAUAUCGCCGUGUACCGUUCAAGUGAAGUUGUACGAAUAGUGCGUAAGGCUAAAUACGCGGACACUACGCGUGACACGCGAUUCUAGGCUUUAUGGGUUCCGUAUAAGUGUCUAUAUUUAUAUAACGUCGACAUAAAAAAACGCUAGAACAAUCGUUUGUAAGUUCUAGAUGUUUCGUCGUAAGUCGUAACUACCGUCGCUAUCGUUGUUGUAACUUUAUCUAAGUUAUAUAUAAGGUGAUGAUUCGAUAACGAAAUUCGACGGAUUAUUUUUACAAGUGUCAUAUCAUAUUAUGCUUAGAGUAACACGGCUACGCUUUCGUAUCGAUAUUUAGCGCUUUUGUUUUACGUCGGAUGGACGAUGGGAAGGAAGCAAUGGACUCGUUGGAUUGGAUUGGUUUCAAGGAUCAGUAUUUUAAAGGUAGGCGUUUAUUAAAUUAUAUCGUAUUUCUAUUAGGCGUAAGGUUGAGAUUCGUGCACAAAAGUAUUUAAUGACAAAAAAAAAUGUAUAAUCGUAAGUAUUAUUGGUAUGUAUAACGUAUUUGAAUUAUCAAUUAAUGGCAACACCACGUAAUGAGCAAAUUCCGUUCAGUCGAUGAGUAAUUAUUGAAUUAUUGUUAAUAUUAUGUAUAGAUAUACUCGUAUAUGGUUUUUUUUUGGCCGAAUGUAUGUGUUUUCGUUUUGAAUUUAUUGCCAAGUUAACUUUUUCCUCGAUUUGAAAAUUGUUGUGCAAUUUUUACUUUUUUUUUACAAAAUAUUGAUCAAAGUCUUGCCGCAAACGCUUAUAUAAUAUGUGAUGAAUUCUAAUAUCAAAUAACGUUGAAUCUUGCCAAAAAAAUAUUUCUUUGGAUUAAUUAUUGAUACAAAACGUGAAUUAAAUGGCAGCUGAUGAAUAUAUAAUUUUAAAGGCUGAUUUUUUAAAUUUUCGUUUUUACAUUUAAUUUUAAUAAUUAAAAUAAACGCAAUUUUAUUUUUUGAUUUAUGCUUAACACAAAAGGCAACUGAAAAACUUAAGAUUAGAGACAAAAUGUCUAAAAAUUAUUAAAAUUCGCUGAAAAUAUCUUAGUUUAUAGUACUUGGCACUACAAUGGCGUGCUUAAAUUAUACAUUUUAAUAAUAAUUUCGGCUCAUUUAUAUCGAUGUAUAAGGUUUUAUAAUAAUUGUAAUAUCAACCAAUAAGUAUUUAAUGGAAUUUUAUUAACAACGAUACUUAUUUAAGCGUGUAAAGAGUAUCAAAGGAUAUUAUAUGGCAACAGAAAUGUACAUUCCGUUUCGAUAGUUUUUUUUAUGAUGAUUUUUUUAAAACAAGCUUUUGUUUGUCAAUAUUUAAUAAUUUAGGUUUUAUUGUAACUAGAACAAAAAAAAAGUGAACCAAUUCAGCUCAAUUUGUUGGAUGAAACUGUAUUAAAAUUCAGUUUCAAAAUUUGAACGAUAUAUUUAUUCAUAUUUAUUUAUUUAACUUAUAUAUAAACAUAUAUUUAUAUAUAAACAUUUAAAUAACC